GAAUAAUAGUAUGUGUCACGGACACACUUUACGUAUUCUUUUGUGUGUGGUGUGAUGUGAGUGACAUCCACUGGAAGACUCUAAGACCAAAAGGAGAGAGAGAGAGAGAGAGCGAGCUGGUUGCUUCGGUUUUGGUUUUUAUGUUGGUGAACGAUCUGAAGGGUAUCUUAUGCCAUUUUAUUCUUUCAAGCCAAGUGGGUAGUGAGAGAGUGCAUAAACCGGAGUUAUAAAUAAAGGUGCUAUGAAGAGUGAUGUGCCUUAAGUCACAGUAAAACGGCUUGUGAUGUCAUCCUACUUCUAAAACAGGAGUUUGGGGAUAGAAAGUUGGUUAUAUCCUUCUGCUCUGUGUAUUUCUUCAUGUUUAUCACUUACACCACAGCCUUAAGUUAUGCUUAUAGUCUUGAGUUUCUUUCAAAGUUGGAACAAAAGUUUUAUUUACUUGUCAGCUUUAUGUUGCAAUAGCACUGCUUCUUGUCUUAUUGAUAGAAACAUAUGGGGACAUUGGCCUCCUGAGCUUGAUUAAGUAGAAUUUAUUAAACCAAAUGGUGCAAUAAUCUGAAGUGCAGCUUUCAUGUUUAAAUCCAAAGACUUAACUAAUUCAAUGGGAAAGGAAGAUUUCUCGGAUACAAUUAAGGUUGGAGUUAGCAAUGAGGAUUGCUUAAAUAUUGAGAGUGAAGAAUCAGGGACUCACUCACGCCAUAGUCUAGACAAGGAGGCCGGCCUGCCAAAUUGUCGUGUGUGCCAAUGUGUUGAAUCUGAUAAAAGAGGGGAUGCUGCAUUAGGCUUUUUGGGCAUCACUCCUCCGUUACAUGAAGCAAGUAAAAGCAACAGGGAGGUGAAGCCUGAUAGCGAAAGUAAAUUUUCUCUCAAAAGGAAUGUUGGAAGAGAAUCUGAACCUGUUGAGUUUAUUGGCCCUAAUGGAGAGGUUUUCAUUUGCAAUACGGAUUUGGAGACGGGUACAUACCACCAUCAAGACACAUUGGUAGAGCUUGGUUGUUCUUGCAAGAAUGACCUUGCUCUAGUUCACUAUGGUUGUGCUCUCAAGUGGUUUGUUAACCAUGGAUCCAUUGUUUGUGAAAUUUGUGGAAGUGUUGCAGAAAAUAUUAGAUCUGCUGACUUCAAAAAAGUGAUGGGUUCUUUAAAGGAAUAUGAAGCAUUGAGGGAAAGGACUGCUAGUGGAGAACCCAAUCCAGCACAGGUGCAUACAAGUACAGGUGUAGAUCCUGAUGCUGUUGCUGCCAUUCGAAGGCAACGACUUAGUGAGAUUUCAUUGUGGUUUAAUCCACAUAGCAAUAGUAGCAAUAAUAAUACUGCUGCUGCAGCUUCACAGGUUGUUUCUGAACAACCUUUGAAUACCGUCUCUGAAGAUGCCCCUGCUGAAAAUCCUGCAACCAAGUGGGCUGUGGAAGGUACUGGGAUUCUGCUUGCUACAGGUCUUCUUACUGUUACUCUUGCAUGGCUCAUUGCCCCUCGCGUUGGGAAGAAAACUGCCAAAAGUGGUCUUCAUAUUCUCCUUGGAGGCAUCUGUGCUCUAACAGUUGUGGUUUUCUUUCGCUUUUUUGUGCUUACCAGAAUCAAGUAUGGACCUGCACGCUACUGGGCGAUCUUGUUCGUCUUUUGGUUUCUUGUCUUUGGUAUAUGGGCUUCACGGACUCACAGUGCUCAUUCGGCAUGAUUUUGUUAGCAUUAUUGUUUAUCCUUGUUAAUUGAGAUUUUUGUUUUUAGAAGCCGUCUAUAGAACUUCAUGUCAAUACCAUUCAUGAGUCUAUUUGAUAAGUAUAAAAUGAGCAGCUACUGGUAGACUAUUUAGAUUUUGUGUUCAGUGAGUGUUUAAGUCAAUUGUUGUAUUUUUUUUUAUAAACAUUGUAAAUUAGCCCUUCAAAUAGCAAUAUUAUUGUUUAUGUGCAAGUUUUCUCA